UCCCCUCCACCCCCAUCCUCCUUUUCAGCAAUGGUACAGCAAUUCCAUGAAAGUCAUUUGUGUGUGGCUGGCUGAGAGACUAGACCUGCAGCUUCAUAUAUACCAGCUGAAGACGCUCAUCAAGAUUGUGAAGAAAACCUACAGGGAUUUCCGACUGCAGGGUGUGUUGGAAGGAACGCUGAACAGUAAGACUUAUGAUACGCUGCACAGACGUUUAACUGUGGAGGAGGCCACAGCCUCUGUGUCAGAAGGAGGUGGCCUUCAGGGCAUUACCAUGAAGGACAGUGAUGAAGAAGAAGAAGGCUGAUGACACACAGUUCUGCAGAAGGAAGGAAGACCUCAGCCUUUUUUUGUGCUUGUCCUUGUAUUUACUGUCUUGGCCAAAUAAAAAUGCUUCGAUAUCCUUAGAAAGUGAACAUGGAGAUAAAGAGAAAAAAGCCAAGUAUUUUUGGAUAGAAAACCAUAUUUAUAUGUAUAGCUUGACUUAAAAUUGGCUGUGUUCAUGACUGGGCUGUGAACUACUCUUGCCUUUUUGUUUUGUUUUCUCUGUCCGUUGUUGUUAGUAUGUUUGACCUUUCUUUUUAAUAGUCAUAUCAAAAUACGUCCUGUGUGUCAUAUGAGAUAUGCAUCUCCCAUGACACAACAUCAUAAAGAGAAGCCAUCUCCUCCAGUCACGGCAUCAACUCUUGUACUUCUGUCAAAAUGGUGUGCCUCCCAGUUAUAUGUUCUGUACGGAGUUUGUUCUGUAGUUAAUUUGCCAGUGUUGUGGUGUGUAAAAAUUGUAGCCUUGGUCUUCAUAACUCUGGAUUUGUCUGCAGGUGUAACCCUGGACUUCAAAGAGUGUCACACCUUAAUGUAGACUAGAUUAUCCACAGGCUUACACCUUGUUUCUUUCUGAGCAUUCUUUUUUUCAUGUGUACAUCUCCAGGUGUGCUUCCAUCAACAUAUUGUACUUUCCCAAGUGUAACCGCUUGCUGGCAAUAAAAACCCACUCGGUCAUAGCAACUUCCGUGUUCAUUAAACUUAAAUAGAUUAAAUGCAGUAAAAAAAUAUUUGCAGUAUAUCAAACAUCCCAA